AUGGAGUCCAUGGAAGAAGACAGGUUUGAAGUAAGUGAUGAUCAUAAUCACAACUAUUGUGCGCCCGCCGGUGGGGAUGUCCAUACAGACAUUAGGAAGAGCCAGCUGACAGAUGUAACGUCAUCGUUCCCUCAGCCUUUACCUUACUUACCUGCCCGUGGAGUGCAAGAAAGACCAGAGAAUAGAGAAAAGAAUCAUCCGAAGGCCACGAACAACUCGCAGUUAAUGGACUCGGACUCCAGCAGCGAAGGUAGUGAAGUGUGCGAGUCAGACAUCCCAGCUUCGGCCGCUUCUGGUGCAGACAAAAUGAGCACCAACUCUACCUCAAAGUUUCUUUUAAAUGCUAUGGCGGUAGAUGAUUACCGCAAAAACCACUGGCCAAAUCUUGAGAAGGCCAUCGAUCUGCUGCUGAUUCAAAAGCCAACAGACCACAUCUCCAUCUCGUAUGCACAGAUAUACAGUUACGUCUACAAGUGUGUGUGUCAGCAACAUUCAGAGCUUCUGUACAAGGAUUUGACGCAGAAAAUCAUUUCUCAUCUGAAUCAGGUCUCCUCACGUCUAGAAGUAAGUCGACCCGAGGACUUCAUAGAGAACUUCAACCUGGCCCUGAGCCAAUACACAGCAUCUCUACAAUGCAUCGUUCCAGUAUUCAUGUACAUGAACAAGUUCUACAUCGAGGCAAAGUUAAACAGGGACCUGGGAGAGGAGCUGAUGAAGUGGUUUGCUGACUAUGUUGCAGAAAAACAUGUCAAGACCCUGAUGCCUCUCCUCACCAGAGCCCAUUCCAUGCCCUUCCAAGUCCAACCGUCAACGAUGGCCAACGUGGUUAAGGGACUCUACAGCCUCCGGCCAGAGUGGGCCCAAUUGGCCCCAGCCCUCUUCUCUGGAUUCAUUCCCCAAAUCCACCCCCCCGCCACGGUGUCCCAGCUGCCCCACUACGCCGCCCACGACCAGAAGCUGCAGCUGGAGCUUUCCAUGAACGGCUUCCCACGUGGUGACCAGUCUCGCAAGCGGUCCAGUGAGGACUCCUAACACCGAGAGGCCGAAUCAGUGGCGUCCGAGUUAAAAACACAAUCUGCCCAGUGUGCUCCCGUGUCCAAGACGGGAAACUGACUCAUUGUAGGUACAUACAUGUGUGUCAGCGUUGUGUUGCGUCCAUUUGCCAGGAACCUAAGCCCACAAAGUGACUGUGAACGACACAAAGUAUAGGGGGGUUGCUAUCUUGAACACAAAUAAAAUGUUCACAUACAAACCUUCCGGGAGCGCCUCCAAACGUGAACUCCAUGCAAACUUAGUCAUAUUUAGGAUACACACCAACUGUAGUCGUGUGUUGGGAACUACUGUGCAUGCUGGGGUUGAUUUUGCCCUGCUCUUUUGUUGUUCAUUUGGAGUAGUGCCUUCCAUGUCUGUCUUUGGAAUCAGGUGUCACGACGUAGGGUGACUUGAUGGUAUUUCUCAGUUCAAAUGAACUCUGUUUGAUCUCUGUACGUUUUUUUCCAUUUAACACCCUGAUAAUGACUCUUAACUGCUGCUAGAAAGAUCGCUACUAAGAAUAUUUUUUCAAAAUACUACUCAAUAUUUUUCAUUCAUAUAAUAGUUUUGUACAAAUUGAAAGUGAUGAUUCUUCCUUUACCGUUCAUAACAACAUUACUGCUAAUGCGGGCUUACAGAAUGGGUCAUAUCAAGCUUAUUCCAUUGAAUUUGAUUGCUGUCGUGUGUGUGUAUAGACCAAUUAUGUUUUGUGACAAAAAUACUGUGGCAAAAAUACAGAAGCUGCACAGUUAGUGACUUUGCAUUGACUGCUGAUAAUUCCGCCUCACUAUCUUGGUUAAACCCUUAUCCAGGCAAAUCCCAAAGACUAUCUCACAGUGUGCCAUUAUUACCUUUUCAUAAUGACACUGGCGUUCAUGUGAUGCGGGAGUCUGGUGUUCUCCUGGUCACUGACUGGCUACGCUGUGUAGCCAGUCACAUGUCACUGAGCUGUUUUCAAACUAACAGGAUCUGAUGGCAUGGGCCAGUCUUCUUAUCAUGCAGAACUGAGUUGGAAACUAAUUGUAAAAUCAAUUAACCAUUGGCUUUGCUCACCUUGCCGACUGAUCGGUUGGCAUUGAGGGCUGUCCAAUCAGGUGCCAGACGGAUUCGGAAAUUGGCAGAAAUGUAUUCUUACUAUCCAGGUUACCUUUCUGUGUUGCUUCACAAUAAAUGUGUGUGUGUGUCUCUGUGUGCGUGUGUAUAAUUCGACUCUGCUUUUUUGUGCUUGCACAUGCAGUGAUUGUUUAACACGCUAGUAAAGCAUUGUAAAUACUACUCUGCAUGGAAGGCAGGCAGCAUACCGUAGCUGCUGCUCCAGAUCCAUUUGGCCAGCUUGUUUACAUGUUUACUGUUUUUCGUUUACACUGUUUUAGGUGUAAUUGAUUGGAUGCUCAGGUUGGCUGUAUAUUGUUUGAUUCAUUCUGUGGAAAUUGGAGAUUGUUUCUGACGUUUCUUUGUGUACAGGUUGUUUCACAAAUAAUAAAAAGAAAAAAUCUAAAUGGU